ACAGUGUCUGUAUGUUUAUAUAUAUCUAUGUAUUCAUAUAUAUAAAAUCUAUUUAUAUUAAUAUAUAUGUGUAUACCUAUAUUACAUCUAUAUAUUUCUUGUUCGUACAUCCCUCCCUGCACAAGAGACGACCAGGAGAACUCUGAGAAUGUCACGUACAAGCAGAAAUACUGGAAGAAGAAAGUGGGUUCACAACCAUUUACGUGCUAUUUUAACCAGCACUUGAGGCCAGAUGAUGUGAUGCUGAAGCGCACCCAUGAUGAGACUGUCCUCUUGCACUGCUUCCUCUGGCCUCUGGUUACGUUCCUGGUUGGAGUCCUCAUCGUGGUCCUGACCAUCUGUGCCAAGAGCUUGGCUGUCAGGGCAGAGGCAAUAAAAAAGAAGAAGCACUUGUGA